GCUUUCAUCACUUCAAUCCUCUGAGCCCCUACGCAUCUCAACGCCUUCUACAUUCCAGUCACGCUCAAACUAUCAACUAAGCCAAGAUGAGAUUCUCCCUCGCCAUCACCGCCGUCCUCGGCGCCCUGCCCUUCCUGGCCCAGGGCAUUGCCGUCCCCGACGCCAACCCCGAAAUCGAGGUUUCCGACCCUGCCGGCAUCACCAAGCGAGUCCCGUUCCACACCACCGACUUGACCAAGCGAGGCUCAUCCCACACCAUCGACCUCUGGAACAAGCGAGCCACCGACGACGACUGGCUAAUGGUCAUCUACAACGACGGAACCAGCAAAAACCAAUGCGGAGGGACGCCAAACAACUUCAAGGGGACAGGCAGCAUAUGCGAGGGGCUGGGCGGCGUGGUGGGCAAGAUCUGCGCCGACCUCAAGGUGCAAGCCAAUGUGGGCUUCGCCAAGUGCGAUUUCAGCUUCAGAGCGGACGGGAAUAGCUGCGGGGGGAAGGAGCGGGAGAAUGUGUCUGUUAAGAAGGGCCAUGAUUCGAAUGGGGUGAAGUUGUCGGAUGAUGUGAGAUUUGUGUCGAUUGACUGCUCCUAGGUAGGGGAAGGGGGUUGUGGGAG